CAGAAAGCUUCAGUAUAUAAAUAUACUCUUUAGGGUUUUACUUCAAAAUCCAUUAGAGCUGUGUGAGCUUUUGUUGGCCGUCGUAGCUUUCAACUCGUUCUUCCGCUCUUCCAAGAAUGGAAUCUGCAACCAAGCAUGCGAUUGUGGUGAAAGUCAUGGGUCGUACCGGAUCCAGAGGACAGGUGACACAGGUGAGAGUCAAGUUUCUUGACGACCAAAACAGGUUUAUCAUGAGAAAUGUCAAGGGACCAGUCAGAGAGGGUGAUGUUCUCACACUGUUGGAGUCUGAGAGGGAGGCCAGGAGAUUGCGCUGAGGGCAUAAUUAUGAAUGCCACAUUGAAAUUGCCUUGAGUACUUGUACUGGCUUUGAUUUAGUCUUUGGUUUUGUUUGCUCAGACUCGUAAUUUUCAACAUGUUUUUAACGAUGAUAGUCGUGUAAGUUUGGUGCAGUUCAAGGUUUUGGAAUAGUUUUUAUGAUAAUAUUUUGCUACCUUUUCUGCGGUGUUCCAUUUCUGUGAAUUGGUUCUGUAGAAGCGAUGGUUUCUUCUGACUUA